GUUCAGUCAGUUUCAGUUUUUGAAGGAGAUGCGCCUGUUUGGAAAGCCAAAGCCUGCAGCGCCAGUGCCGCGCGACGCCAUCCAGCACCUGCGCGAGACCAUCGAGACACUCGAGAAGCGAGAAAAGUUCCUCGAGAAGAAGAUGGAAGCCGAGCUCGAGACUGCCAAGCGACUCGUCUCCAAGAACAAGAAGGGCGCAAUGCUCGCUCUCAAGCGCAAGAAACUGUACGAAGCGCAGAUCGAAAAGCUCACUGGCGCACGAAUGACGCUCGAGACACAAGUCCUCACCAUCGAGGGCUCGACUGUCAACCUGCAAGCCUUCAACGCAAUGGCUCAAGGCGCUGCCAGCAUGCGUGCCAUCCACGGACAAAUGAACAUUGAUCGCGUGGAUGCUAUUAUGGACGAUGUCCGCGAGCAGAUGGACCUGGCGUCGGAGGUUGCCGGUGUCAUUUCCGAGCCAUUGGGGAAUAACGACAUUGAUGAGGAUGAACUUAACGCUCAACUCGAGGAACUCGAACAAGAGGAGCUGGAUGCCAAGCUGCUUGACGUGCAAAACGUGCCGACGACUUCCUUGCCGAAUGUACCAACAACAGAGCUGCCAACCCCCGCCGCAGCAGCACCGUCAAAACAAAAAGCAUCCCGGGUGCGAGACGAGGACGAGGACGAGCUCGAGCAACUGCGACAAGCAAUGGCCAAUUAACAAGGCUGUUGUUUGACUGAGAAAAUUGUGUCUUGUUUCUGUCGGGUCGCUUCUACGUGUAACAAAAAGCCAAAUUUUUGGUUCAAUUAUUGGUUGGCUUGGCGUUCAACUCGGUUGGUUUUUGGUGUUCUUAGUUGCGAACAGGCCAGUUGUGGUUUAUAAAGAAAAAAAUUGUACAAUGAGGAAAACACGACCCAACAACGAAUAAAAGAGCAUCACUACGCGAUGCUGGUCAA